AAGGGGCUUUAACAGACUGUUUUGAACACCUCCUGUCCUCCCCUGUCUGCUGCUGUUUGGACCAGGUUACUGUGCAGUGUAUCUUCAGGGAUCAUUACCCGCUGACUGGCCCGGGUUGGCACGUUUUAACCCGGAGCGGGGCAGUGUGGGCGGUCGUGCGUUGUGUGAGAGUCAUCCUGCAUGGACUCGUCGCCAUGAGCAACAAGGAGAUGGUUUCCACGGAGACAGAGAAUAAAGGACAGAGGAAGGUGUUUCUUCCCAACAAGCUGUUGGAGUGUCUCCCUCGCUCGUCCGGUCUGCCUAACGAGCGGCUGAGGUGGAACACUAACGAGGAGAUCGCUUCUUACCUGAUAUCAUUUGACAGACACGAUGAGUGGCUCUCUUGCACCCUGAAAACCAGGCCGAAAAACGGCAGCAUCAUCCUGUACAACAGAAAGAAGGUGAAGUACAGGAAGGAUGGAUACUGCUGGAAGAAAAGGAAGGAUGGAAAAACGACAAGAGAGGACCACAUGAAGCUGAAGGUCCAGGGCAUGGAGUGCCUGUACGGCUGCUACGUCCAUUCCUCCAUUGUGCCAACAUUCCACAGACGAUGCUACUGGCUGCUGCAGAACCCAGACAUUGUGCUGGUCCACUACCUGAACGUGCCAUCCCUGGAGGAUUCUGGGAAAUGCAGUCCGCUGCUGUGUGCAGUGGCCGACCGCCACGACAGCGUGAGGUGGAGCCGAGACGACCUGCUGAACCAGCUGAAGCCUAUGUUUCACAGUAUGAAGUGUUCACUGGGCUCAGGAGAUUUCAGCAUCGAGGAGUUGGUUCAACACAUCCUGGACCGACAGAGAACCAAGCCACAGCCUCGCACACACACCUGUCUGUGUAACACCGCCCAGGUUUCUACAGGAGUGAACAUUCCCCACCGCUGUAACAGCACCAAGCAUCGCAUCAUCUCCCCCAAACUGCCCCCCUCCUCCUGCAGACCCUCCCCCCUCUCCUCUGAGGCGGGGGAGGCGGGGAGGGGAGGGGGAGGAGGAGAAGCCAAACUGCCCCACCUCCAGGCUCAGAGCAGCCCGGUUUCGUCUCCCAGCCCCUCUUCCACCUCCGCCUCCUCUCCGCCUCAGCCCCACAGAGCCACCAUCACCAUGAGUAACCACGGCAACGGCUUCUACAGUGACCACCGCAGUAACCUGACGACGGUGGCGCUGCCCCAGAAUGCUGUGAUCGUCAUGGCGACGACAACCGCACUCGCAGGAGGAAGAGGGGGGCAGGGGGGAGGUGGCGGUGUAGGCGGGGCCAGAGGGGAGGAGGCGGGGCAGAGGGGAAGCCUGUCACUCACUCGAUCCGGCCAGUUACUGCUCUCCCCCGCUCUCCCCCCUCCUGCUGCCGGCAAGCCCUCCUCCCCCUCCCCUCCCUCCUCCUCCUCCUCACCUGCUCCCUCCUCCCUCCCCCCUCCUCCCGUACAGGCGCCAGGUGUGGCCACUCUCUCCCUCACCCUCCUCCCCUCCCCUGUCAUUGGAGGCUUGCUCCUCACCCCCUCCUCAUCAAACACCACAUCCUCCACCACCUCCCUCCGCUCCCCUCCUCCUCCUGCCGCCACCUCCCCUCCUUCUCCCCCAUCUUCCCCUUCGCCGCCCCAACCUCCCCCAUCUCUCCCCCCCGCCUUUGACCCAGACUCCUUCCUCAACUCCCCAAAACAGGGCCAGACGUACGGCGGUCCUCCUCCCUCCUCCUCCACCCCCUCACCUGUCCUCUGCUCCUCCUCCCCUCUGUCUCCCCCCUCUCUUGCUCUCUCCCUCUCUCCCACCUCCACCCCUCCCUCUUCGGUGUCCCCUCCCUCCUCCCUCUCCUCCCUCUCCUCUUCCUCCUCCUCAGAAGCGGACAGGAGAGACUCAGCCCCCCCCUUCUCCUCUUCCUCUUCGUCGUCCUCCCCACCUUCGUCCACACUCCCCCCCUCCCUCUCCCUCUCUCUGUCUCCCACCUCCUCUGUGGCCCCGCCCCUCCUCCCCCUCUGCCUGGAGCUGGGAGCUCUGGGGGAGUCGGGGGGAGUGAGGGAGGAAGAAAAGGCGGGGAGAGAAGGAGAGGUGAAGGACAGAAGAGAUGAUGGCGAUGACGAUGACGAUGAUGACGAUGAAGGCAGAGCUCCGCCCACCAAGCUGGCUCUGCUGCAGCCCAGCCACGCCUCCUCCGCCUCGUCGCCACAGCAACAGACGGGAAGUAGCGGCACGUCACUGCUCCUGGUUUGCCAAGACUCAGCAGCCCAUCCCACCCAGGCGGCCAAUCAGACACAGCGACAGACUGACGGACAGCAGCCAUUGGCCCUGAGGAGGCCCUACAAUCACCUGUCUGCGCCUGAUGCCCCGUCUCCGGCUCAGGUUUCCCAUCAGCCCCUGGUGCUGCGGCAGUCGCCGCUUUUCGCCGGUGCUAAAGCUAACACAGUGUCCGCCCCCGCUGCUGUUGCCAUGGCUACCGCUCACCUGGCGACGGCCCCGAUUCAGGUGAAGGAGGAGAGCAGGCGGGGCUACGACUCCGAGGACACCUGCAUGGACACGCACCUGGAGGAGGAGGCGGAGCCCUGUGAGCGGGGAGGGGAGGAGCUCGACAUCUCCUUCGACAGCCAGUUUCCUGACCUCAUCUCUGACCUCAUCACAGAGGAGGCCAAUCCUGUCGCAGCUCAGCCCGUCACCGCCACGCCAAAUCCGGCCGUGUUCCCGGCGGGGGUCCGAUACAUGGUGCCCCCCCAGCCCUCACCCUCCUCCUCCUUCCUCCCCUUCCCUCACCCGCUGCCCUCCUCCUCCUCCUCCACCCGCCUCGCCUCCAUCACUGACUUCUCCCCAGAGUGGUCCUACCCUGAGGGAGGGGUGAAGGUUCUGAUAACAGGACCGUGGAGCGAGCUGUCGGGUCGAUACUCGUGUGUUUUCGAUCAGAGCACCGUCCCUGCGUCACUGAUCCAGCCUGGCGUGCUGCGCUGCUACUGCCCCGCCCACGAGGCCGGUCUGGUGUGUCUGCAGGUUCUGGAGUCCGGAGGUUCCGUCUCCUCUUCAGUUCUGUUCGAGUACCGAGCGAGGAACGCCAGCUCCCUGCCCAGCUCCCAGCUCGACUGGCUCUCACUGGACGAUAACCAGUUCAGGAUGUCCAUCCUGGAGCGGUUGGAGCAGAUGGAGCGCAGGAUGGCAGAGAUGGCCGCCCGUGACAACAACAACCAGCAGAAGCAGCAGCAGCAUCAACAGCAGCACGGCAACCAGCUGGCCACGCCCCCUCCUCCACCCCUCCCUGAGGAGCAUGAACAGUCCUCCCAGUGGUUUGAGAGGAGGAUUGUGGGAGUGUGUGAGCGGAUGAUGAGGGUAGGACGAUGGGGAGGAGGAGGAGGAGGAGGAGAGAGGCUUCAUCACUCUGUCCGUCACCGUGGGAUGACACUGCUCCACCUGGCUGCUGCACAGGGAUACACACACCUGAUACACACUCUGAUCCACUGGAGGAGUGUGAACAGCGACAGUUUAGACCUGGAACAGGAAGUGGAUCCUCUGAAUGUCGACCACUUCUCCUGCACCCCGCUGAUGUGGGCGUGUGCUCUGGGCCACCAGAGGGCGGCGGAGCUCCUCUACAGCUGGAGCAGUCUGGCUCUGGGGAUCCCUGAUUCGCUGGGACGCCUGCCGCUCGCUGUCGCCCGCUCCCGAGGACACACCCGCCUCGCCACAGCACUGGAGGAGCUGCACACACAGCGCACGCACACACAUACAAACACAACGCCCAGGGACACGCACACCUCCCGUGCAGACACGCACACACCGGCCACGCCACAGCCGCCCUUGUCUCCUCUGUCCACCAGCCCUGACACAGGUCUGAGCUCCUCCAGCAGCCUCCCCUCCCCCAGUGACCCCUCCUCCCCCUCCCCGAGCUCCGCCUACUCCAGUGGCCCCGCCCCCAUGGACACCUCUCCUUCCUCUCCCUUCUCUCCAUCCUCCUCCUCCUCACUGCCUGUCUCCCCUCCCUCUGCCUCCUCCCUCUCCCUCUCCUCCCUCCCUCCUGUGUCCAUGUGGGGGGAGGAGCCAAACGCCGGCUUCAGCACAGGUUUGAACCCCAGAGGCUCCAGAGACUCUCCUCUCUACCUCAUGGACUAUGAGAGCGCCUCCCCCGGCCACACACACUCUUACACACACGCGGCGGCUGGGCGGCGUUUGCAUACGGCGGCGACGUUUGAAGAGCAGCUGCUGAGCUACAGCGAGAACGCCGAGAACGAGGGCGAGGAAGAGGAGUACCUGGAGGAGGAGGUGCUGCAGGUUGACAUGGCAACUCUGGCAGAGCAGAUCAUCGAGGCGACUCCUGAACGAAUCAAACAGGAGGACUUCCCCACGGGGGCGGAGUCACCACUCAGAGGAAGAAGGGACAACCCCGCCAUACAGGACACGUGGCUAGCUACCUACCUGGACACGGUCGACGCCCACACACACUCCCCGCCCAGGCGGGUGUGUCCCCCAUCCCCUCUCAGUGCCCUGGCCCUCCAGAGGCUCCGCCCCCCCUCCUCUGCGGCGUGGGCAGAGUUCCUGAACGCCUCGGCCAAUGGGAAGAUGGAGAGAGACUUUGCCCUGCUGACGCUGACGGACGGCGAGCAGAGAGAGCUGUACGAGGCGGCGAGGAUCAUCCAGAACGCCUUCAGGAGAUACAAGGGUCGGAGGUUAAAGGAGCAGCAGGACAUGGCUGCCGCCGUCAUCCAGAGGUGCUACAGGAAGUACAAGCAGCUAACAUGGAUAGCUCUGAAGUACGCUCUCUACAAGAAGAUGACGCAGGCGGCCAUCUUGAUCCAGUCCAAGUUCAGGUCGUACUACGAGCAGAAGCGUUUCCAGCAGAGCCGGCGAGCGGCCGUCCUCAUCCAGCAGUACUACCGCAGCUACAAGGAGUACGAGCGGCUCAAACAGGCGCCACGCGGCGCCGCCAGCCACAACCCCAAGAUCAAGGGCUCGUUCUUGACGAAGAAACAGGACCAGGCAGCCAGGAAGAUCAUGAGGUUCCUGAGACGCUGCAGACACAGGAUCAAAGAGCUGAAGCAGACGAGGGAGCUGGAGAGGAGAGGACUGACCACUUAAAGCAUUUCACCAUCUCUCUAUUUCAUCCCUCCUUCUGUCUCCCGGAGCAACGAGGAGGAGGAGAGACACUUUACUCUGAACUACGAAGGAGAGAAACUGAUGGAGAGAAGCCUUACCCUUAUUCUCCCUUCUUUUCCCACCUAUCUGUCU